GAUGUGCGCUGCUUCCGCAAACCGUUCAGAGGCGUCAGUCGAUCAUAAACAUACAUGAACGAACCUGGUGAAAGAUGUACGCUCGCUUCGUAAGUGCGUUAUGCAAAAUCGUCAAAUCCGAGAGGGGACUCGUGAGCCCCCGGCAAUUAUCAACCACAGCCCGUGAGUUUGAGGAACGAAAGGUCAAAGUGGGCGACGUGGAGAUCAAUUACGCCAGAGUCGGGACAGGUGGUCAUCCGGUGUUGCUGUUACCCGGCGCCUUGGGAACGAUAUGGACCGAUUUUAAGCCGCAGAUGGAGAACCUGGACGUGGACAAGCUGACCAUAGUCGCGUGGGAUCCGCCCGGUUACGGCAAGUCGCGACCGCCCGACCGGACCUUCUCGGACGAUUUCUUUCAGCGAGACGCCGCGCUGGCGCACGGCCUGAUGGGGGUCCUCGGCUACUCCAAGUUCUCUCUGAUCGGCUGGAGCGACGGCGGCAUCACGUCGCUUCUCCUCGCCGCGACGUAUCCCGACAACGUCCGCAAGAUGGUCGUCUUCGGCGCGAACGCGUACAUACACCCAGACGAGAUAAAGAUAUACGAAAGCAUUAGGGACAUCAACAAGUGGUCGGAAAAAAUGAGGGCGCCUAUGAUAAAAGCCUACGGUGAGGAUUACUUCAGAAAGAUGUGGUCGGAUUGGGUGGACGCUGUGCUAAGGUUGUUCGAAAAGCAAAACGGCGACCUAUGCAGGCAGGCCUUACCGAAGAUAAAGUGUCCGACCUUAAUUAUCCACGGGGCCAAAGACCCGGUAGUCCUGUCGGAACACCCGACGUAUCUGAAGCAGAAUAUCGCCGGUUCAAAAGUACAUAUCUUCGAAAAGGGCGCGCACAACCUUCACUUGAGGUUCCCGGAGGAGUUCAAUCAUCUGGUUAUGGAUUUCCUUGUUAGCCAAUCGAAAAUGUGAUAAUUCACUCUAUAGUAUGCGUGUAAUGAUACAUAAUAUAUAUCAUGUGUGGUGGAAUUUCGUUGUAUUCGCGUUCCAUUUUGUUUUGUAUAUAAUUGUAUAUAAUAAGGUUUUGUAAUAAAAUGAUAUCGAUGCA